GUCCGCGCCGCCGCCGCCCAGGCGCCCGGUGCCGCCGCCGCCGCCGUCCCCUCCCCGCCGUCCCCUUCCCGCCUUCCCCUUCCCGCCUUCCCCUUCCCGCUGCCCCCACCCCCUUCCCUCAACCGUCCCGCGGGCCCAUCGGCCCGGCCAUGGCCACCAAGAAGGCGGGCUCGCGGCUGGAGACGGAGAUCGAGCGGUGCCGCUCGGAGUGCCAGUGGGAGCGGAUCCCCGAGCUCGUCAAGCAGCUCUCGGCCAAGCUCAUCGCUAACGAUGACAUGGCAGAACUUCUUCUUGGGGAGUCCAAAUUAGAACAAUUUUUGAAGGAAAAUGCCCUUAAACAGAGUAGUAGUCCACGGGGCCCCCGGCCAAAGCUAACUGAGGUCAGGAAACAUCUCACAGCAGCACUUGACAGGGGAAACCUAAAGCCAGAAUUCCUACAAGAAGCAAACCUAAUCAUGGCGAAGUUAAACUAUGUGGAAGGUGAUUACAAAGAAGCUCUGAACACAUAUGCCAGAGUUGGAGUUGAUGACUUGCAGCUAGCUGCAGUGCCAGCCUAUAGGCUUCGAAUGAUUGCUGAAGCAUAUUCUACUAAAGGUCUCUGUCUUGAGAAGUUGCCUAUUUCUUCUUCGGCUAGCAACCUCCAUGUGGACCGUGAACAAGAAAUUGUUACUUGCUAUGAGAAAGCUGGGGAUAUUGCUCUUCUGUACCUUCAGGAGAUAGAAAGGAUAAUUAAUGCCAAUAUGCAAAACAGAAGCCCUAAGCCAGGGCCUACGGCACAUGAACAAGAACUUGGUUUUUUCCUGGAAACAGGGCUUCAAAGAGCACAUGUUUUAUAUUUUAAGAAUGGGAACUUGACAAGAGGAGUUGGUAGAUUUAGAGAGUUACUAAGAGCUGUCGAAACAAGAACUACACAAAAUCUGCGAAUGACAAUAGCAAGACAACUGGCUGAAAUUUUGUUACGAGGCAUGUGUGAACAGAGUUAUUGGAAUCCACUGGAAGAUCCUCCUCACCAGUCACCCCUAGAUGAUCCACUUCGAAAAGGUUCAAAUACUAAGAAUUAUGCACUCAGUAGAAGACCACGGGUAUACACUGGAGAAAACAUCUUUUGUCCUCAAGAAAAUACAGAAGAAGCCUUACUGUUGCUCCUUAUUAGUGAAUCUAUGGCUAACCGUGAUGCUGUACUGAGCAGAAUACCAGAACACAAAAAUGAUCGUAUCAUCAGUUUGCAAAGUGCAUCUGUAGUCUAUGACUUACUUACUAUAGCCUUGGGAAGAAGAGGCCAGUAUGAAAUGCUUUCAGAGUGUUUAGAAAGAGCCAUGAAGUUUGCAUUUGAGGAGUUUCAUCUCUGGUAUCAAUUUGCAUUGUCUUUGAUGGCAGCAGGAAAAUCUGCUCGAGCUGUUAAAGUCCUGAAGGAAUGUAUACGUUUGAAACCAGAUGAUGCAACUAUUCCACUCCUUGCUGCAAAGCUCUGUAUGGGAUCUCUCCACUGGUUGGAAGAAGCUGAAAGAUUUGCCAAAACAGUUGUUGAUCUUGGGGAUAAAACAUCAGAGUUCAAAGCAAAAGGCUACUUGGCACUGGGAUUGACUUACAGUCUGCAGGCUACUGAUGCAUCGUUGCGAGGGAUGCAAGAGGUCUUGCAGAGGAAAGCUCUUCUUGCAUUUCAGAGGGCUCACAGUUUGUCUCCAACAGAUCAUCUUGCAGCAUUUUACUUGGCAUUGCAGCUUGCCAUAUCCAGACAGAUACCAGAAGCUUUGGGUUAUGUUCGUCAGGCUCUGCAGCUACAAGGAGAUGAUGCCAACUCUCUCCAUCUCCUUGCACUCUUACUAUCAGCCCAGAAACACUAUCAUGAUGCUUUGAAUAUCAUAGAUAUGGCCUUGAGUGAAUAUCCAGAAAAUUUUAUAUUACUGUUUACAAAAGUCAAAUUGGAGUCCUUAUGCAGAGGCCCAGAUGAAGCACUCCUUACCUGCAAACACAUGCUCCAGAUUUGGAAAUCCUGCUACAAUCUCACUAACCCAAGUGAUUCCGGACGUGGGAGCAGCCUGUUAGACAGAGCUAUUGCUGACAGACGACAGCUUAAUACAAUCACAUUACCUGAUUUCAAUGAUCCUGAAACAGGUUCAGUCCAUGCCACAUCAAUAGCAGCUUCCAGAGUGGAGCAAGCACUGAGUGAGGUUGCUUCAUCUCUGCAAAGUAGUGCCCCUAAACAAGGUCCCCUGCAUCCUUGGAUGACUCUGGCUCAAAUAUGGCUUCAUGCAGCUGAAGUCUACAUAGGAAUUGGGAAGCCUGCGGAGGCCACAGCAUGUACCCAGGAAGCAGCUAAUCUCUUUCCAAUGUCACACUAUGUUCUCUACAUGAGAGGUCAGGUGGCUGAACUUCGUGGACAUAUUGAUGAAGCCAAACGCUGGUAUGAAGAGGCCUUAUCUAUUAGUCCUACUCAUGUGAAAAGCAUGCAGCGGCUGGCUCUGAUCCUUCACCAGCUCGGGCGCUAUAGCUUGGCUGAGAAGAUUCUCAGAGAUGCUGUGCAGGUGAACUCCACAGCCCAUGAGGUCUGGAAUGGCCUGGGAGAGGUGCUGCAGGCUCAAGGCAAUGAUGAUGCCGCGACUGAAUGCUUCCUUACGGCACUGGAGCUGGAAGCCAGCAGCCCCGUGGUCCCUUUUACCAUCAUUCCCAGAGUCCUUUGAGAGGGCAUCUUGAUGAAACAAUUUCAGUCUGAAUUCUGAGUGAGGAAACUCAGUGUAUCAGGCUGCCUGGUAACUGGUUUGUUUGAAAAACUUUAGAGCUACAGAUAACACAACCCAGUCAUUUGUGGGAAAGUGGCCAAACCAGUGACAUGUUGCAAUAUAUUAACGUUAGACCGAGAGGACGAAAUGGCUAGCCAGAACCAAAUCACUCAACCGCCUACAUUUUUGCCCUGGUAGUUUUAAAACAUCAUUAUAUUGUUCAUGGAUGAUGUGCCAUAUUUUGUUAGUGUUGAUACUUGAGUGUUACAUAAAAUUAUAAUGGAAUCAACUACCAAAUGUAGAAUAAGUUAAAAUUCAGUGGCAGAGCAGACUAUUUUUAAUAAAACUGUUCUCUCCCUGCCUCUCAACCUUUUUUGGCCCAAAGUCAAAAUGUGAAUUUUCUGUUUCUAUCUUUUAGUCCAGGCCAGAAAUUCAGUUGACUUUAUGGUUUUAGUUGUUAAUAACUGUGAUGUGUGGCUAACUAUUAUCUCUAAAUAGAGCAGAGGCUGAGUACAAGAGUAUUUAUAUUUUACCAGUGUAUGCCUGUUACAAAAAAAUAUAUUAGUUAUUUAAGUUUAACUUUUUUAUGUGAAUUCAGAGUUUAUUUAUCGAUGGAAAUAUGUAAAAAGAAUCCUCAAAUGGAAUAUUUACCGACAUUCCUAUACAUGACCCACACUUGGCUAAAUGGGAAGAUUACGUUAAUAAUAAAAUGAUUUUUAAAUGGAA